UGAAGCAUAUGGAAACUAAUAAAUGUAAAAAAUGCCAGCAAAUUAUUGCUGGUGAUAUUCAUCGAAUAAGUAUUACUGAUACAGAAGUUCGUUCAGGUAAAAGCAAUGUCAAAUAUGAAAAUUACUGCCAAUCCUGCUAUGAAAAAUUGCCGGUUGGAGUAAGGCCUUAUGAUUGUAAAGGGAAUGAUAAGUGUCAGAGUUGCGGAGUGGCUAAAGAGUGUAGUUCAAAAAAGUGUAAUAAUAAUGCGAAUAGAUUGUGUAGUGAUUGUCGAGUCAGUAAUAAGGAAGAAUGGGAUGGUUUGUUAAAUUGUAAUUAUUGCUCUCGGAGGGUAAAAACAUUAUUUACUUCUAGUGGUCAAGCAGGCGGUGAUAUGUGUGCUGAUUGUUAUGCUGGCAAGUGUAAAAAAUGUGGGUCUAGCACGAAGGGAAAUCCGGAGGGGGAAAGCAAUAAAUGUCCGGAAUGUGGGGCAUUAGGUGGUUGUCGUGGUUUAUGUUCGAUGCUUCGUAGUCGACGCAAUGCUGACGAGUAUAGAGAAUUUACUGAUUGGCUCAACAAAAAUAAAAUUCCAGAGUUAGUUGCGGAAAGCAAGGCUGAAAAUUUAAAAUUGGUUGCGGAGGAAUAUCAUAAAGAGAUUAAUUAUCAGGGUGAUGUUGAUACGGAAAUUGCUAUCUGCCAUGCUAAACAUGUGCAGAAUUGCCAGUCGGCUUCUCUUUCUGAUCGGUCCAAGGCUAAUGCGGCCUUUGAUAAACAGAAUUAUGAUGGUUUCUACUUUACUGAUGAUAAAAGUGGAAACAAAAGCCGAGAAAGUGGCAAUCCUAAUAACCACCAAAAAGGAAAUGGUGGUCUGGUGAAAGGAAUAUUAAUG